AUGGAUAACAAUCAAAAACCCGCCAACUACGCCCUCAACGGCAAGAUCAUGCUCUGCUCCGUCAUCAUUCUCUUUGUCGUCGUCUUCGUCGUCGCCUGCUUCCACAGUUCCUUCCGCCUCUGCUUCCACCGCAACCAUCCCCGCCGCCGCCGUCGCCGGAGUCGACUCAUCUUCUCUCGAAAUAAUAUCAUCUCCCCCACGACCAGCAACAACGUAUCUCGGAAGGGCUUGGAUCUCUCGAUUCUCAAGACGCUACCUAGCUUUGUAUACUCCAUGUCAGCAGCUCACGACCCGCUGCUAGAGUGCGCCGUGUGUCUGUCGGUGUUCGAGGACGGAGAACGUGGUCGUGUGUUGCCCAACUGUAAGCACGCGUUUCAUAUAGAAUGCAUAGACACUUGGUUCCAGUCAAACUCGAAUUGUCCGCUUUGUAGAUGUCUGGUCCGGCUGGAUGUUACCGCUCCGAUGCCGGAAGUUGUGAUCACGGUGAGUGAAGAACCGGCCGGUUCGGGAAGCGAGGAAGGUGAAGACAAAAUGGGGUCGCCUUCGGUGAGGUUUUCGGUGGAGGAGUGUGGGAGGAGGCCAUUGGAUCUAGUGGGGAUGGCGAUGGAGGAUAGGGUAAGGGAUUUUCGGUGGCCGCAAAGUUAUGGGGGGAAAUGUUCUGGAGAUCAGAUUGUAUCGAUGAAGAGGAUUUGGAGCAUAUAG